CAUUCUGCUUAUAAAUCAGUAGUUAAAAUCAUAUUAGGUCAUAGUUAAGGUCAGUUUGUUAUUUUAUUUCAACUGGCUAUUGUAUACAUUAAUAAUAUUUUGUCACAUGAAGUGUCUUUCCAAUAAGAUGUUUGAUAUUUAGCAUUGGCAUGAAAUCAUUAAUUGGGCAACGGUAGUUUGUUGAUACUCUUUGGUGGUGCCAGCUGACAAACAGCUGUCUGCGUUUACACGUGGCAAAGCUCAAGUAAUGAAUGGUUUGAAGGAAGGAUGGUUCAGUGAGCUGAGCUCUUUAUGGCCUGGAAUAAGCCUCUCCUUGCAAGUGAAUGAAGUUUUACAUUCAGAAAAAUCAGACUAUCAGGACAUUUUGGUACUGCAAACAAAAUCACAUGGCCGAGCACUGAUUUUGGAUGGAAUUAUUCAGUGCACUGAGUCAGAUGAGUUUGCCUAUCAGGAAAUGAUCUCUUUCCUGCCUCUCUGUAGUCAUCCCUCACCAAAGAAGGUGCUGAUAGUAGGUGGUGGUGAUGGAGGAGUGGCACGGGAGGUGGCUAAGCAUCCUGAUGUGGAAAGUAUUGUGCAAGUAGAGAUUGAUUCUCAUGUCCUUGAUGUAUCUAAGAAGUUUCUACCGUUUAUGGGUGCGGGACUCACCAAUCCCAAGCUUACUCUUCAUGUUGGUGAUGGAUUUCGGUUCAUGGCACAACAUCGACACGAGUUUGAUGUCAUUAUCACAGAUUCAUCUGAUCCUGUAGGACCAGCUGUGUGUCUGUUCCAGCAGAGUUAUUUUGAGUCCAUGCGUGAAGCUCUGAAACCUGGCGGAAUUGUUUGCUCUCAGGCUGGAACAGUGUGGGCUAACAUAGAUAUUGUAGCACAGACAUUUCAGCACUGUCAUCAGACAUUCAGGAAAGCAUCAUUUGCCUAUGCUGCUGUUCCAACAUAUCCCACAGGACAGAUUGGAUUUGUGCUUGGAAGUCUCAGUCCGGAAACCAAUUUUAAGGAACCACUACGGAUAUUCUCAGAGACAGAAUUAGAUUCAUUUAAUAUGAAUUACUACUCUGCUGAAGUGCACAGAGCUGCAUUUAUCCUGCCUCGAUUUGCCAGAAAGGCUCUUGAUGAGAUUGUCAGUAAUGUUACCGAUGAGGCGAACACUGGUGACCGCUAAGCAAUUACAGUAUUAAUAUUCUGUGGGGAAUAUAUAUAUCUGUCUUUUCAUACUGUGAACAAUUCUGUAAUCCUUAUGCAGAGAAGGAGUACCCUGACAAUAAUUUAGUGCAGGCAUGUCCAACUUCAAACAGGUUGUGAUCGACUUUUUAGUGUCAGAACUGCCAGU